CACAUCGCGUUUGUCCGUUUUGAGUUCUUCAUGUGCGGUCAUACAUUUCAACUGGGUUUACUUCUUGUACGUCUGUAAUUCAGGUGUGAGCAUCUACAUUCCACUAAACCCUGAUGUCCUGUUCCUCUGCAGACAUGAACGGCCAAGCCGAGUUAGAUGUGGAUUACAAGCGGAAGUACAAAAACCUGAAGCGGAAAUUAAAGUUUUUGGUGUAUGAGCAAGAAUGCUUUCAAGAGGAGCUCAGGAGAGCACAGAGAAAACUCUUGAAGGUCUCCAGAGAUAAAAGUUUCCUCCUGGACAGAUUGUUACAGUACGAGCGUGUGGAUGAAGACUCAUCAGACUCGGACGCAACAGCCUCAUCAGACAGCGAGGGAGAGGCUCCGAGAGAAAGAGAACGAGAACCAGGAAAGAAAAGGAGAAGUCCUGCAGGUCCAUCUCUUGCUUCGUCCUCGUCCCCGCAGCUCUCUCUCCUCUCACGGCCCGGAGCGAACGCUCUCCAGGCUUCGGCACCCGCGCAGUACCUCAACGCGUUACCCUUCCCUCCUGACUAUUUGGCUCCCUCUGCUGAGCGAAUGAGGAAAGAGAGAAAACCAAAACCACCCAAACAGAGAAAAGAGUCUGCAGGAAAGGUGGUAUCUCCGUUAGGAUCGAACUACCCAGCAGGCGGUGCGGCGGGCGCGGGUUCGUCCGGGCCUUUCAGCUGGGUGCCGCGGCAGAUGCUGAGCGGAGACGCCGCCGAGGAGGAAGGAGAGAGCGAGGGAGAAAGUGACGGAGGAGACGAGGAGAGAGGAGAGGGAGAGGAAGCAGAACUGGUCAUUGACAUUCCUAACGAGUGAAGAGACGUCAAAAGACUCUAGCGUGAAUACGGCGAGGGGGAACGCCAGUUAUCCAGCUGCGGAUGGUGCUUUGGAGAAUUCUCUCUUCUCCACCACCUGGUUUUUUUUUUUGUGUGUUUGUUUUACAUGUAAAAUAGCAACUCGACUCACAAUUCAAGCUGCAGUACACAUAGGAUGUGAUUUUAAUUUGUGUGAAGGAAAAGCACCCGGUGGACCUCCUAGAAAGGAGUUUGUAGUAGUUGAAUCGGAGGGUAAUUUCGAUGCUCGGAUACAGCGGAUGCAUCCAUCGUUCCUGAAAAUGUUGAUCAGGACGAAUCAGGACAGAGUUUCAUAAACUCGAAGUCGCUUGUAAUGUACACGGCUGUAGAUGUUUGGAAAGAGGCACAUCUGUAAGUACAGAUUCAGGAUCAGGUCCAUCAGGACCCUGUAUGUGGCCAAAAGUAUUGGGACGGUAGCGUAACAUUUUCCUUUCACUUAAACUAGGAGACCCAGAGCACUUCCAGCAUGAUAAUGCUCCUGUGCACAAAGUCAACUCCAUGCGUUUACAUGGACUGGAGUGGACGAUUUUGAGUGGCCUGUUAUAAAGAUAUGAACACAAACCUGUUGAACACCUUUGGGAUAAAUUAUAUAAUUCGACAUCCAGCAAUUGUGGUGGUGUUUUUUUUUUUUUUUUUUUUUUUUUUUUUUGAGUUGGAGGAAAAAUUUAUUAAAGUGAAUGAAUUGUAAA